AUGGCAGAGUGGCGGAUUGAGGGCAUGCAGCUGUCACAGAAAUGCAAGCUGGCCCAUGUGGAACUGACAAACGACUUAUGCCUAUUCAAAUGUUGUUAUGCUGUAUUAUAAUGUUAUAUAAUAAUGUUGCAUGAUCACCUUCCGGUGUAAAAACCAUGGAAAUUAAAAACAAAAAACUAUGUUUUAAGGUGAGAAUAGAUAUUGGUCUGAAGCCGGAAAAAAAAAGUUAAUUCAGGAGCACCACAAUGCCUAUUCCACCAAUGCUCUACCAAGGGUUUCCAGCACAUAGCUUUGACCUACUACAGUAGCUAUGUUGGUAUUGUACUUUAAACUAUGUGUAGGCAGGUUGAUUAGGAUUCAAACCUUCUCAAACAGCCUAAUUCAACUCUUCAGAGGGAUAAUGGACUUUACAGUGCCCUGCUAUUAAAAUGAUGUAUACCGGUAGGCGACUCCGGGAUGCUGACCUAAGCAGAGUUGCAAAGAAAAAGCCAUAUCUCAGAUAUGUUUCUCAUGUCUACACUGUAUUUCUGAUCAAUUCUAUGUUAUUUUAAUGGACAAAAAAAAAGUAAUUUUCUUUCGAAAACAAGGACAUUUCUAAGUGACCCCAAACUUUUGAACGGUAAUGUAUAUAUACAGUACCAGUCAAAAGUUUGGACACACCUACUCAUUCAAGGGUUUUUCUUUAUUUGUACUAUUUUUUACAUUGUAGAAUAAUAGUGAAGACAUCAAAACUAUGAAAUAACACAUAUGGAAUCAUGUAGUAACCAAAAAAGUGUUAAACAAAUCAAAAUAUAUUUUAUAUUUGAGAUUCUUCAAAUAGCCACCCUUUGCCUUGAUGACAGCUUAUAUGUAUUUUUAGAUAUACUGUAUUUUUAGAUAUACUGUAGGCCUAUUGUAAAUGUGUAUUAUUAUUGCGUCACCAUCUUUAUUGCAGUACAAACAUAACUUUAAACUACACAUUAUUUUGACAGAGGUAAUGAACUGUCCAUUGAUCAGAAAAGCAAUUGAUAAAACAGGACCAUGUUUGAAACACAAGUGGUUCUGACCUUAAUUCAAUAUUACACAGGUAAGAUAACAGUUACAGAAAUCAGGAAUGCAGACAGGCUCUAUCUAUCUGAGCUACUGUGUCCAACACACCACCACCUGUUGUUAUGUUGUGCACCUACUGACCAAAAAAAGGAUGUUAUUAUGAUUAUUAUGUAUUGCUAAAAUAAAGGUUAAAGGAAACACAGGCAUGCACCACAUUACUACAAGACAAAACAGCUCAAUCAAGCCUGAUGGUCUUUUAAGAAUAAAAGCAAAGUUUGCUUUCAGUUAAAAAAAAAUAAUAAAUGAAAAUAUAGUGUAAUGGGUGUAAUAUUCAUGUGUGUCAGCAUACUGAAUUGUAAUUGGGUGCGUUCUACCAUCGUAUCAUACUGCGUUAUGAUUGGUUAAGACCACCCAGGUGGUGAGGUCAUCUUCAAGAUGAUCAUGGCCGGAGACACAUGAACAUGCCAGUUAUAGCUAGCUAAUAAAGAGUUACGUUUAUAAAGAUCCUGUCGUCCUGCAUUUUAUUAUUUUAUAUAAAGCAUACAAAACAAGACAAUGGGAUAAUGUCUUACUGUGGUGUGUGAAGAAUGGCCCUCAUGUGAAUUUCCUUUCUUUUUCGGCUUCAGACCAAUGCCUAUUCUCACUUAAAACAUUUUUUUUUUUUGUAUAAGCCUAUGCCGUUUGUAUGCUCAUGGAUUUCAAAUGUGGUUUGGUAUAAUAUAUAUAUACACUGCUCAAAAAAAUAAAGGGAACACUAAAAUAACACAUCCUAGAUCUGAAUGAAUGAAAUAAUCUUAUUAAAUACUUUUUUCUUUACAUAGUUGAAUGUGCUGACAACAAAAUCACAAAAAAAAAUUAUCAAUGGAAAUCAAAUGUAUCAACCCCAUGGAGGUCUGCAUUUGGAGUCACACUCAAAAUUAAAGUGGAGAACCACACUACAGGCUGAUCCAACUUUAAUGUAAUGUCCUUAAAACAAGUCAAAAUGAGGCUCAGUAGUGUGUGUGGCCUCCACGUGCCUGUAUGACCUCCCUACAACGCCUGGGCAUGCUCCUGAUGAGGUGGCGGAUGGUCUCCUGAGGGAUCUCCUCCCAGACCUGGACUAAAGCAUCCGCCAACUCCUGGACAGUCUGUGGUGCAACGUGGCGUUGGUGGAUGGAGCGAGACAUGAUGUCCCAGAUGUGCUCAAUUGGAUUCAGGUCUGGGGAACGGGCAGGGCCAGUCCAUAGCAUCAAUGCCUUCCUCUUGCAGGAACUGCUGACACACUCCAGCCACAUGAGGUCUAGCAUUGUCUUGCAUUAGGAGGAACCCAGGGCCAACCGCACCAGCAUAUGGUCUCACAAGGGUUCUGAGGAUCUCAUCUCGGUACCUAAUGGCAGUCAGGCUACCUCUGGCGAGCACAUGGAGGGCUGUGCGGCCCCCCAAAGAAAUACCACCCCACACCAUGACUGACCCACCGCCAAACCGGUCAUGCUGGAGGAUGUUGCAGGCAGCAAAACGUUCUCCACGGCGUCUCCAGAGUCUGUCACAUGCUCAGUGUGAACCUGCUUUCAUCUGUGAAGAGCACAGGGCGCCAGUGGCGAAUUUGCCAAUCUUGGUGUUCUCUGGCAAAUGCCAAACGUCCUGCACGGUGUUGGGCUGUAAGCACAACCCCCACCUGUGGACGUCGGGCCCUCAUACCACCCUCAUGGAGUCCGUUUGAGCAGACACAUGCACAUUUGUGGCCUGCUGGAGGUCAUUUUGCAGGGCUCUGGCAGUGCUCCUCCUGCUCCUCCUUGCACAAAGGCGGAGGUAGCGGUCCUGCUGCUGCGUUGUCGCCCUCCUACGGCCUCCUCCAUGUCUCCUGAUGUACUGGCCUGUCUCCUGGUAGUGCCUCCAUGCUCUGGACACUACGCUGACAGACACAGCAAACCGUCUUGCCACAGCUCGCAUUGAUGUGUCAUCCUGGAUGAGCUGCACUACCUGAGCCACUUGUGCACCGCCAGCAUUCAAAAGUGACCAAAACAUCAGCCAGGAAGCAUAGGAACUGAGAAGUGGUCUGUGGUCACCACCUGCAGAACCACUCCUUUAUUGGGGGUGUCUUGCUAAUUGCCUAUAAUUUCCACCUGUUGUCUAUUCCAUUUGCACAACAGCAUGUGAAAUGUAUUGUCAAUCAGUGUUGCUUCCUAAGUGGACAGUUUGAUUUCACAGAAGUGUGAUUGACUUGGAGUUACAUUGUGUUGUUUAAGUGUUCCCUUUAUUUUUUUGAGCAGUGUAUAUAUAAUAUAGAAAUAUAUUUCCACCUACCUGUGUUGCAGUAAUAAGAAGCUGCGCAAUCUGCCCAACUACUUCAUCGUGAACCAGGCGGUGAGCGACUUCCUCAUGGCUUUCACACAGUCGCCAAUCUUCUUCAUUAACUGUCUCUAUAAAGAGUGGAUUUUUGGCGAAUACGGUAAGUCAUCCACCCUUUCUCUCCUUUGUCACCACACCAUCUCAAACGUUUGGUUUUCAUAUAGUUCAAGUGCAAAAUUUACCAUAAACCGCAUUAUAAUCUAGUGGCAUGAUUUAAUUAGAAACUUUUCUUCAACAAUGUGCGCUAUAAAGAGGCUACUGUUUACGUAUUGCUCAGUUUCCUAAACUCUAGUUAGAUAAUAGUCUCCUAAUAAUGCACAUUGUUGAAAAAUAAUUCAAAUUAAAUCUUACUGCGAGAUUAUAAUGAGGUUUAUGGUAUUUUUUUGCACAAUUUUUUUUGCACUACGUAAAUGUUGGCCAUUGUGUUCAACCACCAUGGUGGACGGUGAAAGGGAACACCCCAAGAGUAACACAAAACAUUAUUUGUUGCUAUUUGUUCAUGUUGACUAUUGAUAAUUGAUACUUUUCUAGUCUCCUUUUCUAGCGACGGUUACAAUCUGAAUCUCUGAACAGGCAUUGUUGGUUUUGACCUGCAUUUGAACUGUGUGUCUGCAGGAUGUAAAAUGUAUGCCUUCUGUGGGGCUCUCUUUGGCAUCACCUCCAUGAUCAACCUGUUGGCUAUCUCAAUUGACCGCUACCUGGUCAUCACCCAGCCACUCAAGGCCCUCGGCCGGUCGUCAAGGCGUCGGACCACCCUGGCAAUACUAAUGGUGUGGCUCUACUCUUUUGCCUGGAGUUUUGCCCCACUUGUUGGCUGGAGUAAGUCCUUUCACCAACAACUCAACAAAUUCACAUCCUCAAAUGUUAAGAAGUAAAUGUAAAAAUGGUUGGUUGCCGGUUCGAACCCAAGGGCUGAUAGGGUCGCUGGCAUCAAUAUUUCUGCUGUUGUGCCCUGGAGCAAGAUAUUUAACCAUUAAAAUGCUUCAUGGGCUGUGUUGCGCCCAGCCAAUUAAAUUAAACAUCUAUUAUAUCCUAUCCUAUUAGAUCAUAUCCUAUCCUAUUCUAUCCUAUCCUAUCCUAUCCUAUUAGAUCCUAUCCUAUCCUAUUAGAUCCUAUCCUAUCCUAUUAGAUCCUAUCCUAUCCUAUUAUAUCCUAUCCUAUUCUAUUCAACACAUCCAGUACCUGCCAGGAUUUUCACUGUAGUGUGUAUAUAUAUUUUUUUGAUUGGCUCUUACAGGCUCCUAUAUCCCAGAGGGCCUCAUGACUUCCUGCACUUGGGAUUAUGUGACAUACACAUACGCCAACCAGAGCUACACCAUGAUGCUGUGUUGUUUUACCUUCUUCAUCCCGCUGGGAGUCAUCUUCUACUGCUACCUCUUCAUGUUCCUGGCCAUCCGCACUGCCAGCAGGUGGGACUACUAUGCCAGUUUCUUAGGUGGCAUAAUAAUAAUCGUAAUAAUCAUAUUAUAAUCAUCAUAUUAUUAACUGAGAGGCCACACUCUCUCAGGCUGGGACACCUACAUCCACCCCAGACCCUAAGCCUAAGCCUAAGCCUAAGCCUAACCAUGAACCUGUCCCUAACCUUAGCCAUGCUCUGUGACUUUUAACUCAUACUAAUACGUCAGCUUACAGGUAUGUGACAUAUAACUCCAUUGGUUACAUGUCACUAUUUUGACAUGUACUGUAUGUCCCUAACCCUGGCCAUGCUUUGUGACAUAUAACGAAUAUGUAAUUAAAUAAGUAAUUAACACAACUAAUAUGUCAACUUAUGUGACAUACAGUGGGGAAAAAAAGUAUUUAGUCAGCCACCAAUUGUGCAAGUUCUCCCACUUAAAAAGAUGAGAGAGGCCUGUAAUUUUCAUCAUAGGUACACGUCAACUAUGACAGACAAAAUGAGAAAAGAAAAUUCAGAAAAUCACAUUGUAGGAUUUUUUAUGAAUUUAUUUGCAAAUUAUGGUGGAAAAUAAGUAUUUGGUCACCUACAAACAAGCAAGAUUUCUGGCUCUCACAGACCUGUAAUUUCUUCUUUAAGAGGCUCCUCUGUCCUCCACUCGUUACCUGUAUUAAUGGCACCUGUUUGAACUUGUUAUCAGUAUAAAAGACACCUGUCCACAACCUCAAACAGUCACACUCCAAACUCCACUAUGGCCAAGACCAAAGAGCUGUCAAAGGACACCAGAAACAAAAUUGUAGACCUGCACCAGGCUGGGAAGACUGAAUCUGCAAUAGGUAAGCAGCUUGGUUUGAAGAAAUCAACUGUGGGAGCAAUUAUUAGGAAAUGGAAGACAUACAAGACCACUGAUCAUCUCCCUCGAUCUGGGGCUCCACGCAAGAUCUCACCCUGUGGGGUCAAAAUGAUCACAAACGGAGCAAAAAAUCCCAGAACCACACGGGGGGACCUAGUGAAUGACCUGCAGAGAGCUGGGACCAAAGUAACAAAGCCUACCAUCAGUAACACACUACGCCGCCAGGGACUCAAAUCCUGCAGUGGCCAGACGUGUCCCCCUGCUUAAGCCAGUACAUGUCCAGGCCCGUCUGAAGUUUGCUAGAGUGCAUUUGGAUGAUCCAGAAGAGGAUUGGGAGAAUGUCAUAUGGUCAGAUGAAACCAAAAUAUAACUUUUUGGUAAAAACUCAACUCGUCGUGUUUGGAGGACAAAGAAUGCUGAGUUGCAUCCAAAGAACACCAUACCUACUGUGAAGCAUGGGGGUGGAAACAUCAUGCUUUGGGGCUGUUCUUCUGCAAAGGGACCAGGACGACUGAUCCGUGUAAAGGAAAGAAUGAAUGGGGCCAUGUAUCGUGAGAUUUUGAGUGAAAACCUCCUUCCAUCAGCAAGGGCAUUGAAGAUGAAACGUGGCUGGGUCUUUCAGCAUGACAAUGAUCCCAAACAUACCACCUUUCAAGGUCCUGGAGUGGCCUAGCCAGUCUCCAGAUCUCAACCCCAUAGAAAAUCUUUGGAGGGAGUUGAAAGUCCGUGUUGCCCAGUGACAGCCCCAAAACAUCACUGCUCUAGAGGAGAUCUGCAUGGAGGAAUGGGCCAAAAUACCAGCAACAGUGUGUGAAAACCUUGUGAAGACUUACAGAAAACGUUUGACCUGUGUCAUUGCCAACAAAGGGUAUAUAACAAAGUAUUGAGAAACUUUUGUUAUUGACCAAAUACUUAUUUUCCACCAUAAUUUGCAAAUAAAUUCAUUAAAAAUCCUACAAUGUGAUUUUCUGGAAAAAAGAUUCUCAUUUUGUCUGUCAUAGUUGACGUGUACCUAUGAUGAAAAUUACAGGCCUCUCUCAUUUUUUUAAGUGGGAGAACUGGCACAAUUGGUGGCUGACUAAAUACUUUUUCCCCCCACUGUAUACUGUAACUACAAGAUGUCAUAAUUACUGUGUAAAUCUAUGGAAGGGGAUGAGAACCAUGAGCCUCCUAGGUUUUGUAUUGAAGUCAAUGUACCCAGAGGAGGACGGAAGCUAGCCGUCCUCCGGCUACACCAUGGCGCUACCUUACAGAGUGCUUUUGAGGCUGCUGUAGACCUUCAUUGCAAAACAGUGUGUUUUAAUCAAUUAUUUGGUGACGUGAAUAUCUUUGGUACAGUUUUAUCUAAAAAGUAUAACUUUUUAAAUGUUUCACAAUUUUUAUAAAAUUCACUAAGGAGGAUGGUCCUCCCCUUCCUCCUCUGAGGAGCCUCCACGGCUCCACACCCAGGAGGGUUGUUCCAGGUCUCCCCACAUGAAAAAAGUAGUAUUCACUGUAGUGUUUUUGCUGACUUUACUGAAUUAUUUACUGUAGUGUUGUUGCUGACUUUACUGUAGUUUUCACUGCAGUAUUUUUGCUGACUUUACCGUAGUAUUCAAUGUAGUGUUUUUUCUGACUUUACUGUAGUAUAUACAGUUUACUAUAGUAUUAAUAGUGUAGUUAAAAACACUGUAGUAUAUACUGGAGUAUUUACUGUAGUGUUUUUGUUUUAUUAUCUUUGACAUAUAAUUGGGGUCUUUCUCCUUGAGGAAACCUUCAUUUACAUUUACAUUUUAGUCAUUUAGCAGAUGCUCUUAUCCAGAGCGACUUACAGUUAGUGCAUUUGUCUUAAGAUAGCUAGGUGGGACAACCACAUAACUCGAGGUGAGGAGGGGGAUUAUUUAAGAUACUCUUUGAAGAGGUAGGGUUUCAGGUGCUUUCAGAAGAUGGGCAGGGACUUUACUGUCCUAGCUUCAGGGGGAAGCUGGUUCCACCAUUUGGUUGCCAGGAAAGUGAAGAGCUUGGACUGGACUGAGCGGGAGCUGCCCUCCCAUAGGGGUGGGAGUGCCAAGAGACCAGGGGUGGCAGAGCGGAGUGCUUGGGUUGGGGUGUAGCCUGAAGGUAGGGAGGGGCAGUUCCACUUGCUGCUCUGUAGGCAAGCACCAUGGUCUUGUAGUGGAUGCGAGCUUCGACUGGAAGCCAGUGGUGUGGAGGAGCUUGGUGACAUGGGAGAACUUGGGAAGGUUGAAAACCAGGCGGACUGCAGCGUUCUGGAUAAGUUGCAGGGGUUUCAUGGCACAAGCGGGGAGCCCAGCCAACAGCGAGUUGCAGUAGUCCAGACAGGAGAUGACAAGUGCCUGGAUUAGGACCUGCGCCGUUUCCUGUGUGAGGUAGGGUCGUACUCUACGGUUGUUGUAGAGCAUGAACCUGCAGGAGCGAGUCACUGCUUUGAUGUUUGCAGAGAACUACAGGGUGUUGUCCAGGGUCACGUCAAGUUUCUUUGCACUCUGGGAGGGCGACACUGUGGAGUUGUCAAUCGUGAUGGAGAGGUCUUUGAGCGGGCAGGCCUUCCCCAGGAGGAAGAGCAGCUCCGUCUUGUCAAGGUUGAGCUUGAGGUGGUGGGCCAACAUCCAAGCUGAGAUAUCUGCCAGGCAUGCAGAGAUGCGUGUCGACACCUGGGUGUCAGAAAGGGGGAAGGAGAAAAGUAAUUGAGUGUCAUCCACAUAGCAAUGAUAGUAGAUACCAUGUGAGGAUAUGACAGAACCGAGUGACUUGGUGUAUAGAGAGAAGAGGAGAGGGCCUAGAACCGAGCCCUGGAGGACACCAGUAGUGAGAGUACGUGGUGCAGACAAAGAUCCUUGCCACGUCACCUGGUAGGAGUGGCCUGCCAGGUAGGAUGCAAUCCAAGAGUGUGCAGAGCCUGAGACGCCCAUCCCUGAGAGGGUAGAAAGGAGGAUCUGAUGGUUCACGGUGUCGAAGGCAGAGGAUAGAUCUAGGAAGAUGAGAACAGAGGAGAGAGAGUUGGAGAGCCUCCAUGAGUCUUGGCUGAGUGAACUGUUUUGAAGCCUGACUGGUUAGGGAAGAUUGUUCUGAGAGAGAUAACGAGAGAGUUGAUCAGAGACAGCACACUCAAGUGUUUUGGAAAGAAAAGAAAGAAGGGAAACAGUUUUUGAUGUCAGAUGAGUCUAGUGUUGGUUUCUUGAGGAGGGGAGCAACUCAGGCCAUUUUGAAGUCAGAGCGGACGCAGCUAGUGAUCAGGGAUGAGUUGAUGAGGGAAAUGAGGAAUGGGAGAAGGUCUCCAGAGAUGGUCUGGAGAAGGGAGGAGGGGAUGGGGUCGAGCGGGCAGGUUGUCGGGCGGCCAGACCUCACAAGUCACAGGAUUUCAUCUGGAGAGAGAGGGGAGAAGGAGGUCAAGACGUAGGGUAGUUCGAUGUGAGUGAGACCAGUGGACUCAAUAGGCUGAGUAAAUGAGGAGUGGAUGUCGUCGACCUUCUUUUCAAAGUGGUUGACAAAAUCAUCCGCAGAGAGGGAGGAGGGAUGGGGUGGAGGAUUAAGGAGGGAGAAGAAGGUGGAAAAUAGUUUCCUAGGGUUAGAGGCGGAAGUUUGAAAUGUAUAGUGAUAGAUAGUGGCUUUGGCAGCAGAUACAGAGGAAGAGAAGGUAGAGAGGAGGGAGUGAAAGGAAGAUAGGUCCUCCGGAACCUUAGUUUUCCUCCAUUGUUGCUCAGCUGCCCGCAGCCCUGUUCUUUAAGCUCGCAAUGAGUCACUCAGACACGGAGGGGAGGGUCGAGCCGGCCGGGAGGAAAGGGGACAGUGCAACUCAUAGGAUGCAGAAAGGGAGAAGAUUAGGGCCGAAGAGGCAGAAUUAGGAGACAGGAGGGAGAAGGAUUUAGCAGAAGGGAGAGAUGAUAUGAUAGAAAAGGGGAGAGUAGUGAGAGAGGGAGCGAAGAUUGCGAUGGCGCAUGACCAUCUGGGUAGGGGAUGAGUGGCUAGGGUUGGAGGAAAGGGAGAAAGUAAAGGAAACAAAGUAGUGAUCAGAGACUUGGAGUGGGAUUAUUAGAUGAGGUCAAAUGUAUUGCCUGCCUUGUGAGUUGGAGGGGAUUGGGAAAGGGUGAGGUCAAAAAAGGCAAGGAGGUGAAAGAGAGAGUUGGAAAGAAAUGAAUCGAAGGCAGACGUCGGGAGGUUGAAACCCGGAAUUCCACAUGGGUUGUGCGUGCAGGGUAGACUAAAUUAGAAGGGUUGCAGCCAGGGGUGGGGAGCGUCUGUAAAGCCUCCAGGGAGAGGAGCCAACAGGUAUAGAAAACACACACAUAGUUGCCAAAGCUACAAAAGAGCAAAAUGAGAUCAGAAAAUAACUAGGUACUAGGUCAUUGUAGGCUGUUUUCAUGUUAUCCAGAGGUAAACAAUUAACCAUAAUCCCAAUUUUGUUCCCAAUUUUGUGUUUGGAAGUAGCUAGCAAGCUAGCCAAUGUUAGCCAGUUAGCUUGGGUGCUUGACUGCCGUUGUGAGGUCAGAACGCUUGGAUCAACCCUACUCAUCGGCCAGAGCGUCAAGUGUGCGCUCUGAACGCUCCGAGAGCGAAACGAGAUGGGUGGGGCUAAAGCUUAAGAGGGUGUGAACGAUGCUGAAUGGGUGUAGACAAAGAAGAGCUCUUCAGUAGAUACCAAAAUAUUCAAAGGCCAUUUUCUCAAAAGUGAGAUUACAAGUUUAUCAACUUUCAAAGCAGAAUUACUUUCCCAUUGUUCCCUUAAAUGCAGUGUAUGAUAUACCAUUUUGUAGCUCUGUGUCUGCUUUUAUCCAAUGUAAAAAACACAAUUUCAAAUUUUCAGAAGUUCUGCUCUUUCUGUAACCAGGUAGGGAACACAAUAUAUGAUAUAUACUUGGCAUGUAGGUUUCUCACUUAUGGGUGGCUCAAAUUGGGAUAUGGUGAGGGGAACGGGCAGGGUAUAUACAAAUUAAAUACUUGUACUAUUGCUAUCGUUAAAAAACUGUAGGAAAAAACUGUAGUGUUUUUGUGGACGUUACUAUAGUAUUUAUAACAGUGUUUUUUUUGCGGAUAAUACUAUAGUAUUUACCAUAGUAUUUUACAGUAUACUACAACCAGUGGUGGCUGGUGGGAAGAGCUAUAGGAGGAUCAGCUCAUUGUAAUGGCUGGAAUGGAAUCAAUGGAACAGUAUCAAACACAUUGAACAUAUGGAAACCACGUUUGACUCCGUUCCAUUUAUUAUAUUCAGCCAAAACAAUGAGCCCGUCCUCCUAUAGCUCCUCCCACCAGCCUCCACUGACUGCAACAUUCUAUAGUAAGUACUACACAUGAUCGAAGGAUACUACAGCGUGUAGUAUAUUAUUCUAAUGUUUACUACAUAAUUCUAUAGUAAGUACUGUAGUAUUCUAUAGUAAACUGUAGUAUUUUUUUCAUGUGGGUUGUCCUUUGUGUCAUUGUUUCCACCUAACAGACAGGCCCCUCUGUAUGUGCCUGCAGGGAAGUAGAGAACCUGGGGACACAAGUGAGGAAAUCCACCCUGAUCCAGCAGAAGAGCAUCAAGAAUGAGUGGAAGCUGGCCAAAAUCGCCUUUGUGGUCAUUGUUGUGUAUGUGCUGUCCUGGUCGCCGUAUGCCACCGUCACCAUGAUCUCCUGGGCAGGGUAAACAUAUCAAAUAUAUACAAAAGCUUGGGUAACAUAUCUACAAUGGCUUUAUAUGUUUAUUUUUGACGUCAUCCAAUGAGACCAUGUAGCAAUGUCCACGGUUUCCAAGAUACUAGUGUAGCCUCUGCUGGAUGUUUAUUGUUUAUGUUUGUAUUUCUAGAGCUACUGGAUGUACAGUGUGUGAGCAUGUUUGUCUUGCUUUGCCUUUUUGAUGUACAUGCAUUGAGUGAUAUUUUCACAAGCUUUACAUUCAGAUCAUACUGAGGUAUUCUGCACUUUUCAAGAUUAGAUUUACCACCAAUCUUGGCAUUUCUGUUCUUGUUUCCAAAAUGUAGGGGAUUUUUUUUGGGUUUUCUGAAAGAAUAUGUCAAAUCCCAGUAUGAAUUCCGGCCCCACCGCUCCCUCUCUCUCUCUCUGUCGCCUCUCUCAUUUGAAAUAUAUCUCUGUCCCCCCAAAAAAGUUAUAAUACCCCCCCCAAAAAUAUAUACAGUGCCUUCGGAAAGUAUUCAGACCCCUUGACUUUUUCCACAUUUUGUUACGUUACAGCCUUAUUUUAAAAUUGAUUAAAUUGUUUUUUUCCCCCCCUCAUCAAUCUACACGCAAUGCACCAUAAUGACAAAGCAAAAACAGGUUUUUAGAAAUGUUUGCUAAUAUAUUACAAAUAAAAAACCGAAAUAUCACAUUUACAUAAGUAUUCAGACCGUUUACUCACUACUUUGUUUAAGCACCUUUGGCAGCGAUUACAGCCUUGAGUCUUCUUGGGUAUGACGCUACAAGCUUGGCACACCUGUAUGGAGUUUCUCCCAUUCUUCCCUGCAGAUCCUCUCAAGCUCUGUCAGCUGUACAGCUAUUUUCAGGUCUCUCCAGAGAUGUUCGAUCGGGUUCAAGUCUGGGCUCUGGCUGGGCCACUCAAAAACAUUCAGAGACUUGUCUCGAAGCCACUCCUGCGUUUUCUUGGCUGUGUGCUUAGGGUCGUUGUCCUGUUGGAAGGUGAACCUUCGCCCCCAGUCUGAGGUGCUGAGCGCUCUGGAGCAGGUUUUCAUCAAGGAUCUCUCUGUACUUUGCUCCGUUCAUCUUCCCCUCGAUCCUGACUAGUCUCCCAGUCCCUGCUGCUGAAAAACAUCCUCACAGAAUGAUGCUGCCACCACCAUGCUUCACCGUAGGGAUGGUGCCAGGUUUCCUCCAGACGUGACGCUUGGCAUUCAGGCCAAAGAGUUCAAUCUUGGUUUCAUCAGACCAGAGAAUCUUGUUUCUCAUGAUCUGAGAGUCUUUAGGUGCCUUUUGGCAAACUCCAAGCGGGCUGUCAUGUGCCUUUUACUGAGGAGUGGCUUCCGUCUGGCCACUCUACCAUAAAGGCCUAAUUGGUGGAGUGCUGCAGAGAUGGUUGUCCUUCUGGAAGGUUCUCCCAUCUCCACAGAAGAACUCUAGAGCUCUGUCUGAGUGACCAUCGGGUUAUUGGUCACCUCCAUGACCAACGCCCUUCUCCCCCGAUUGCUUAGUUUGGCCGGGCAGCCAGCUCUAGUAAGAGACUUGGUGGUUCCAAACUUCUUCCGUUUAAGACUGAUGGAGGCCAUUGUGUUCUUGGGGACCUUCAAUGCUGCAGAAAUGUUUUGCUACCCUUCCCCAGAUCUGUGCCUCGACACAAUCCUGUCUCGGAGCGCUACGGACAAUUCCUUCGACCUCAUGGCUUGUUUUCUGCUCUGACAUGCACUGUCAUCUGUGGGACCUUAUAUAGACAGGUGUGUGCCUUUCCAAAUCAUGUCCAAUCAAUUGAAUCUACCACAGGUGGACUCCAAUCAAGUUGAAGAAACAUCUCAAGGAUGAUCAACGGAAACAGGAUGCAACUGAGCUCAAUUUCAUGUCUCAUAGCAAAGGGUGUGAAUAUGUACAUAAGGUAUUUCAGUUUUUUUAUUUUUAAUACAUUUGCAAAAAAUUAUAUGAACCUGUUUUCCCAUUGUCAUCAUUGGGUAUUGUGUGUAGAUUGCUGAAUAAAAAAAAAUAUUGAAUCAAUUUUAGAAUAAGGCUGUAACGUGGAAAAAGUCAAGGGGUCUGAAUACUUUCCGAAGGUACUGCAUACACUACCGGUCAAAAGUUUUAGAAGACCAACUCAUUCAAGGGUUUUUCUUUAUUUUGACUAUUUUCUACAUUGUAGAUUAAUAGUGAAGACAUCAAAACUAUGAAAUAACUCAUAUGGAAUCAUGUAGUAACCAAAAAAGUGUUAAACAAAUCAAAAUAUAUUUUAGAAAAUAAUACUCUUGGCAUUCUCUCAACCAGCUUCAUGAGGUAGUCACCUGGAAUGCAUUUCAAUUAACAGGUGUGCCUUGUUAAAAGUUAAUUUGUGGAAUUUCUUUCCUUCUUAAUGCGUUUGAGCCAAUCAGUUGUGUUGUGACAAGGUAGGGGGGUUAUACAGAACAUAGCCCUAUUUGGUAAAAGACCAAGUCCGUAUUAUGGCAAGUACAGCUCAAAUAAGCAAAGAGAAACGACAGUUCAUCAUUACUUUAAGACAUGAAGGUCAGUCAAAACUGAACAUUUCAAGAACUUUGAAAGUUUCUUCAAGUGCAGUCGCAAAAACCAUCAAGCUCUAUGAUGAAACUGGCUCUCAUGAGGACCGCCACAGGAAUGGAAGACCCAGAGUUACCUCUGCUGCAGAGGAUAAGUUCAUUAGUGUUACCAGUCUCAGAAAAUGCUGCCCAAAUAAAUGCUUCACAGAGUUCAAGUAACAGACACAUCUCAACAUCAACUGUUGAGAGGAGAUUGUGUGAAUCAAGCCUUCAUGGUCGAAUUGCUGCAAAGAAACCACUACUAAAGGACACAAAUAAUAAGAAGAGACUUGCUUGGGCCAAGAAACAAGAGCAAUGGACAUUAUACCGGUGGAAAUGUGUCCUUUGUGAGAUGCGGUGUGGGUGAACGGAUGAUCUCCGCAUGUGUAUUUUCCACUGUAGAGCAUGGAGGAGGAGGUGGUAUGGUGUGGGGGUGCUUUGCUGGUGACACUGUCUGUGAUUUAUUUAGAAUUCAAGGCACAUUUAACCAGCAUGGCUACCACAGCAUUCUGCAGCGAUACGCCAUCCCAUCUGGUUUCCUCCACAGAGUGAAGGAAAAGCAGCCAACAAGUGCUCAGCAUAUUUGGGAACUCCUUCAAGACUGUUGGAAAGCAUUCCAGGUGAAGCUGGUUGAGCGAAUGCCAAGAGUGUGCAAUGCUAUCAUCAAGGCAAAGGGUGGCUAUUUGAAAAAAAAAAACUUGAAUGAGUAGAUGUUCUAAAACUUUUGACCGGUAGUGUAUAUAUAAAAAUGAUAGAUUCAAAUGAAUAAAUUCAACAAUGUGUUUUUCCCAUUACUACUGAGACAGAGGCUUCCUUAUAUAACAUUUACAUAUUUCUCUCCAUCUGUACUGGAAAGUACAUAAACCCUGGUCCAGCUGUUGAUAGAUGUUUUGGAUAAUCCCAACCAUUACACUGCCUUCGUUACUGGAUAAUGGAGUAAUGGAGAGAUUACUUACUUCUCUUCUGUCUUUACAGACACGCCAACAUUCUGUCGCCGUACUCCAAAGCCGUACCGGCAGUUAUAGCAAAAGCCUCUACCAUCUACAACCCUUUUAUUUAUGCCAUUAUACACACUAAGUACAGGUAAAUUACUGUGUGUUAUGUCAAUCCAAUGAAUGAAUAAAUUAACAAACAAACUAAUGACUGAAUUAAUGAAUUAAUGAAUGGAUGUUUUAUCAACCCUGACUAGGAAAAUUCACAUUCCUCUGUGCUAUUUACUGUAUAUAAAAAAUAAAAAAAACGUUUUUGAAAUGUUUUUUUUGUCCUCCAUGUCAUCUACAGGGCCACGUUGGCGGAGAAGGUACCUUGUUUGAGAUGUCUGUCACCGAGAAAGGACAAAAAGGACUUCAAUAGCGAGUCUUCCUUCCGAGAUUCCACCAUCAGCAGGCAGUCGUCUGUCUCAAGGACCCAUUUCUGCGCCGCUUCCUCCAUCUCCUCCAGUAUGGUAAGGUGUAGGGUGAAGCUGGGUCAGUUGUGUAUUCCCCUGCUAAUGGUUAAGGUUAUGAUUGGGGGGAGGGGAAGCUGAUCCUAGAUUUGUACCUAGCGGAAACUUCACCCUGGACCUAUAGUAAGAUCAAUGGCGUAGAUUUGACUUUAGGUCAACAUUAUCCCUAUGGCAGAACUUCACUGUAAAACUACUGACAUUAAACAACCAUAUGAGACAGACAUGAUAGUUUUAAAUAUAUUUUGAAGCUCUACAUUGUUACAAACAAAUGCUCAAAUGGAACCAAAAAAACAUAAACAAUGGGGUAAUUUAACUUUAUUCCAAAACACAGGGUCAAUAUUUAAACACUGCAGUUCAGGGAGGGACGACACCAGUGGAUGUCACGACUUCCGCCGAGGCUGCCUCCCCUCCUUGUUCGGGCAGGUUUCGGCGUUCGGCGUCACCGGCUUACUAGCUACUGCCGAUCCAUUUAUCAUCACUCCAUUUGUCUUGUCUUCAAUCACACACACCUGGUCCUUAUUCCCUCAUUAGUCAUGGUAUAAGUGUUCCCUCUGCUUCCUUGUCUGUGUGGGUGAUUGUUUAUUGUGGAGGUUAGUGAAGCUCGGUGGAGCUCGUGUAUUGUGUAUCGACGGGAGUAUUUUUCCCGUGUGCCUUGUAUUUUCCAGGGCGCCUGUUUUGUGCCCUGGAGUGUGUUUGACGCAUUUCUGUGUUAACCUGUAUUUUGAGGAUUAAAGCCUGUUAUUCUGUGAUUUAACCUCCUGCGCCUGACUCCUUCAUCACCACCUCAUCACAGUGGAGGCUGCUGAGGGGAGGACGGCUCAUAAUAAUGUCUGGAACAGAGCAAAUGGAAUGCCAUCAAACACAUGGAAACCAUGGAAACCAUGUGUUUGAUGUAUUUGAUACCAUUCCACUGAUUCCGCUCCAGCCAUUACCACGAGCCCGUUACCACGAGCCCGUCCUCCCCAAUUAAGGUGCCACUGACGACCUGUGGAGGACACUGUUUAUUACCAACACAUUAGAGUGGGAGGUUUCUGUUGCUGUAGGUGAAACAAAUUAAAUGUUGUCUAAUAUGAGCACUGAGCCUAGACAAGGUGUUGUGCCAUGUGGGUAUUUUCUUGGCUCGACCCUGCUGCUACCAUCACAGGCAUCUCAGAAGAAUCCUCUUUGCUUUUUGAAGAUUAUGGCUCCCUCAGGUUUUUCUUGUCGGGAAGCGAAAGUUGAACUAAAUCCAUAUAUGGUUCCUAACCACAGGUGUUUGGAGAUGUGGAGCUGGAUUCUCCAGAGCGGAACGACUCCUCCUUCAGAAGCACCUCGUCCUUUAAGAUGCCCAAAGACAAACGUUGCAAGACCAAGAUUAUUUGUGCUGCACAGAAGGUGAGAAAAGAGAUACUUUGUCACAUGGUUUACCUUUUUAUUUGCCAUUGGUUUGGGACACCUCCUCAGUCAUUGAACAUUAUGUUAUGAUAGCAAAUUGAUCUGAAUUGUACUACUUGAUUGAUGGAGCCUUUUAUGCCAUUUAGAAGACACUUUAUCCCAAGCCACUGAUAGUAGUGGAUGCAUACUUUUUCAUGUGGGUGGCCCCAGAGGGAAUCGAACCCGCAGCCCUGGUGUUCCAUGCACCAUGCUCUACCAACUGAGCCACACAGGACCACAUUAAACUUCAGCCCUGUAUUUACUGUCAUCAUUACCAUGCUCUUCUCAUGUCUGUGUUUCAGCCCAGCCCUGCACUGAAAGAAUCUAUGAGCGUCAGCGAACACGAGGUAGUGUCUGGCUCCUUCUGCAUGGCAGCCGUCCCCCUGCUGGCAUUAUCGAAGAGGAGCCAGAGUCUCCAGCUAUCCAAUGGAGGAGAGACGAGAGAGAGCGACAGCGGCAGCGAGCGCAGGAGCACCUUGGACUCCCCUAGUUUACGAGCCCAGCUUUCUCACAUCUCCAGUAUCCCGCAAAUCAUCAUCAGCCCAACGUCAGAGAGCAGCCUAACGUCGGAUGACAACCUGUUCUUAGAGGAGAAGCAGGGAGCCAUGAUGAGUCACGAGGCGGGCGAACUGCUGGUGGGCCUUCGGAGCUUGAACUGUUCCUCAGGGCUACUGGAGUCAGUGGAAAGAUUCCUCUCCUGAGUUCACCUACAAACUCUCAACUCUUUGUCUGUGUACCAAAUGGCACCCUAAACCAUUUGGAACUUUCUUUCCUUCUUAUUCUACCCCCCAGUUGGACAACCGAUCCAUUCCACCCAGCUCCUUUUUUGAAACAGACUUUUAGAAGGAGACCAAGGCCUAGAUCUGAUUGUGCUUUAAUGAACAGAAGGAAGAAAGAAACCCAGGAAGGGAGCAGCUGAUUCUGGUGUGCUCUGGUCACAAAAAAGUGUUGCCGGGUAGAAGGGAAUAUUCGAAGCCAGCUGAUUCAUUCCCCAGCCACUGUGAUUAACAUCCCAUUUUCUGCUGUUUGUUUACAUGGCCCC